AGAAACAUUCAAAUUUUUGCUAGGCACAGCUAAGCCCUCUACCACCCCUCCCAUAAGAUAUUUCUGCGUUACGUUAACGUGAUGUUCUUUUGAAAUGUCCAUUUCCAAAAAUGGCGGACGAAGAACUUCAUUUAGCUUCCGUUUGUUGAAUCUUUCCUAUGGUUUGGCGUCGUAAAGACGACAAACAUUCCAUAUUGAACGCGCUCUAGGCUAUGCAUUAUAGUUAAAUUGAAACCAAGGAGACAAUCUGCACCAAGCUUUGUGACGAAAAUAGCAAAUGACUCAAUAUUUACAGAGCGGAUCAACUAGCGAAUGAGCUACAAGAAAACUUAUCAACAAGACAUGAUUACAAAGAUAUAUCAACAGAUGUAGGGGAUACUCCUUCUUUCACUUUUAUGGUGUUUUCAAGAACAUCAAACUUACGGAAUCAGGAAAGUUAUCGACGAAACCACCAGAAGUGGUCAGAAUCACACGCGCGCGAAAAUUGGGCGAGGGUCUGCAGACGACAUUCGUACCAUACUGGCUUCCGGUCGGAAUAAAACAUUCUUGCAAGGCUUAAGUUCCUGAACGAUUGACAAUUGCGGGAAGGGCGUUUUCGAAUCUUUACAGCAUUUACUGACGCGGAUGUUAGGGAUCACGGAAUUUCUAAUGACUCAAUGUGCUUCUUCAACUCAAAGAGAAGAGAACGCCGAGACAAAGACUAAAGAUUUUGGGAAAUACAUAUUUUCCUGUUUAAUAAUAGUUGAUCCGAAACAUAUUGGAAUAUUGCUUUAAUAUAUGAUGAAGGAACGAGCUGGACGGGAAAACUUUUAUUCAAAGGGAAAAAUUUUUAAUCAGUGCAGCACGAUCUUUAAACGAAUUUUGGUCCUCGUAUGUUUGUUUAUGUCAACAUCUGCCCAGACACGCGAAUGUCCAGUCUUUCGAUCGAGCAACGGAGAUAGAAUAGAGUUCUACAAUUACACAGGAACUUGUAAUAACGAAGUAAAUCCUUGCAAACAAAUGAACAGCAACUUAAUUUCCACGUCGAAUAUUUGUAUCUGCCAAUGCAAGAGAUCUCACAGUACUUACAGGGAAGACUUACACACUUGUAUAAGGAACCAAGAAAGUCGCAAUGGUAGGUGGAUUUAUUAAAAUUACUGUUCCGUGUUUCUGUCUUCUUUAAAAAUUUUAAGAUUGAACCACGUCAUACAAUUUCUGUGGCUGAAGUCUGUUUCCAUGUUUGUCUAAAAAUUUAAUUUGAGGAUUUGACUACAUGAAAUUUUAUUUGGCUGGGUACGUUAAGCUGUAGGAUGAUCUUGUCAUGAAUUGAAUACCCCCAUUUAUAAAUUUUAGCAAAUAAUCUUAAACAAACUCUUUAACUGCAUAAAAUAGUAUUUUAUUUUCUCAAUAUAUUUGUAAGAUUAAGAGACAAUCUACAGGUAUGAGCAUCACUGGAUACCAUGUGAAACUAAUCAGUAGAAAUUCCCCAAUUGUCAUUACAUUUUGUUCAGGUUGCCUGAUGUUUUUUUUUUCCCUCCUUAAGUUUUUAACACCCCACUAAUUUUUAAUUUCAUGUCUUUUAACACUCGUGUAUUUAAACUGUAAUGAAAGAAAUGCCAUAAUGCAGGGUCAAUCCUGUGGCGGGGAAUUCUUAGAUGAAGCUUGGUUUCCUCACCCGGUCUUUUCUUCAACUUUCAAUUAAAUUAUCCUUUUUAACCAUUCCACUCCAUAAAAUGACCAAAAAGGAAUAUCUAUUCUGCUUACAAAAGCAAAACAUCCUCAGGCAAAAUAGCGAUGAGAAGAAAGAUGGAAUAACUAAAGAAUUCUGUCUGAUUAACACCAAACUCUCAUAGCUAAAGUCAUGAGAAAUGUAUGACAGACAGUGAGGAGAACUGAUAUUUAGACUUUGGGAGUGAAAAACGGAAGAACAGUUUGAAAUUAUGUUGUGCAAAACUGUGUGUGACUGGACGACCAACUUAUUGUUUUAUCAAUAUAUUCAUGAAUGAUCUUUUCAUUACUGGAUCAUUUCACAACAAUAUUGGUAUAUUUUUGAUGAGAAUGUUAAGAAUAAUGACAUUUUUUAAAUCAAAGUCUUUUGAUAAUUUGUGGUAAUAGUUGGAUGGUCUAGACGAAGUUGGAGCUGAAUGCUUUAUGAGAGGGGGGCAUUGGGGUCACAAAGAGGGGAACAUGCUCUCAUUUUACACACAAAUUUGAAAAAAAUUAAAAGUUCUUUUAAUCCUUUACACUCAAACAUCAGUAUGCAUAUUCUCCAUACUGUUCCCUAGACAUUUUCUUAGGCACUGACAAGGAAAGUUUUCAAUAGCUUCUUUUGUUGGUGAUCAUUUCCUGUUAAUUUUUCUUGUGACCUUAGUGUGUAAUUCAGGGGUGCUAUUGUAUGAAGAAAUUAGAAGCCAGUCACUUGUAGGAGUUAACCCUUUAACUCCCAAGAUCUCAUUAGUAAUUCUCCUUACUGUCUACCAUACAAUUCGUGUGAUAUUAGCAUGGAGAAUUUGGUAUUGGAGCAACUUAUAAUCCCCUAAUUUAUGUUUUUCUUUAUUCUCAUCACUUGUCUGCUUGAUAUUGCAUUAGUAUUGUAAGGAGAAAUUCUGUCUUGGUCACUCUUGGGAGUUAAAGGGUUAAAGGUUAAAGGGUGAACCCCAUUCAAACAUCAUACCCUGUCAACAAUUCAUCCUUGUGGGUUAUUACUAUAAGCUAGGCUGUUGCUGUCUGGUUCAAACCAUUCUUUGAGUCAAGUCUUUUGUUCCUUUUUCCAGAGUGUACGUUACACUUCAGUGGAGAAAGAGCUGAUAAUGCUCUAAGAAUAUUCAAUAGGUCAAGGUCUUUAAAAUUGUAUACUCUUCCAAGGGAGGACUGUGAUAUCAGAGGAACAAGUUAUGUCACAGCAAAUAGCUCUGCUGCAUGGAAAAUGUUCUCAGGAAAGCAGCCCGCUUUCAAAAUUCACCAUCGAGACCUAAAAAAUAAACAACAUGCUCACUUCCUUCAGGUAUCCUUACAUUUUUAAUGAUUAAAUCAUUCUAAAGUUAAAUUUUAAUGCAGGAUCCAGUGGCACAAUGGGUAGUGCACCAGACUCCAGGUUGAGGGGUCUGUGUGUGAGAUCUGGUGAGGUCAACUCCCAGAUCAAAUUUGUAAUUCUCCUUACUGUCAACAAUACAAAUCUUAAAAUUUUAGUUCAGAGAAUUCAUUAUUGAAUCAACUUAUUAUCCCCAAAUUGAUUUUUUUCUUUAUUCUCAUCACUUAUAUGGUUGAUAUUGUAUUGAUAAUGUAAGGAGAAAUUCUCCCUUGGUCACUCCUGGGAGUUAAAGGGUUUAUUUACAGUGCCUCUCUUUAACCAGGAGUACAAAUGGGUAUCAGUAAAGCCAGGUCAAAUGCUAGAGGGGAGGGGAGGUAACCUUGCAAUGGGGUCAUGUCUCAUCCAGGGGGGAGUAGUGAUACUCCUAGUUUCUUCAUGCUUAGGAAACAGGGAUGAGCUCUGGCUGGGUGGGCCACUCAGUUUAAGAACAGAUUUCAUCUUUAACUCAACUUUGAAAUCAUUCCUUGAAAUAAAAAACUCUUGACUCUGACCCUUUAGCUUAAGCUUCCAAGAUUUUAAUGUGGAUUCUCUGCACUGUUGGCAUUGAUACUUUACUUUAGAGAUUUUUUUCUUGAUAUGGCACCAAACUUUCCACAGACACAUUGGUUGACUCAAUAAAAUACAUGCUAAUUUAAAGCAAUUUGAAGAGAGAGCUUCCAGAUAACUAAUUUAACAAAUUUAUGGAAUAAAACUGUAUCAGGUGAUUUAACAAGAGAGGAUGGACGGACAAGUUGGUUAAAUUUAUUUUAUUUUUUCUUUUCACCAUGUACAGUGGAAUAGAAGACAGCCAGUGACUCAGCUGUAUGGAAAGGUUGUUAAAGUCAUCCUACAAUGUACCACUGGACAAGACAGCAAUCUUCCGAAAAAUUUGUGCAUUAUGUUCAAAUUCAGGGGCAGAACUAGUGUACCUUGUAAGUAGAACUGUUCUUUAAAAUUGUUAUCCUUGUGGUAGUGUACCAUAACCUUUUACACAUUGAUAACGUCAGUAUGCAUAUUCUCCACACUGUUCUCUAUACAUUUCCUAAGAUGCUGACAAGGAGAAUUUGUUGUAUAAUCAAGAGCUUCUUUAUUUGGUGAUAAUUUCCUUUAUUCUCUGAAUUUGGGGUGAUAUUGUGGGGAGAAAUUGGAUGCAAGUCACUGUUAGGGGUUUAAGGGUGACACAGGCCAGUUUGAUGGUACUCUUGAAGCAUUCUGGUUGGAGUGCAGCAUGCUUUGGGAAAGCUGCCUCCUUUAGGUUCAGACCAGAGAAACAUCCAAAAUGGUUCUGUUCUAUCCGUUUAAAAGCAUAACCCAAUACCAGAUCUCAGUUUCAGCGAGUAGGCCCCACAUGUACCUGCUUUCAGACCUAAAUGGUUCUUACACAGUUUUAAGGAAACUGAGAAUAAUUAGAAAUAUUUCAGGGAAUAUUUUAUUUUUUAGUGCAUCAUGACCAUUUAUCUUUGACUGGUCAGGAGAUAUGUACUUAUCAAACCAAUAAAAUUAGAAACAUUUAAAAUUUUUAUUUACAAACUAUUUUCUAGCUGUUCAUUUAUUUAUUAAUACUAACUUUAGGGUACAUUUUUGUGAUGAAAUUAGAAGUUAUUCUUAAUGGUGAUUUAUUAUAUAAGUGCUGGCAUUAAUUUUCUCUUAAAUUUGCCAUUGUCUUUUCAAAAAUUAAAUAUUUAUUUUUGAUAUAAUGAUUUUGUUGAUUUGAAGGUCAAGAAUCAAACCCAUCAUUACCAACAUUGAUGGUAUGUACAAGUUAAUUAUCAAUUGAAAAAACUAAGAAUUUUAGGUAAAGUGGAACACUUUGAGUUUGCAGUGCUUGAUUUCUUUCCACUUGUUAGUUAAAGUUUCCAAUUGAUGAUGACAGGAAAACUCUAACAGCCGAUUUUCAUUCUAUACAAAAGAGUUUGCUGUUAACACCCAUGGAACAAAAGCUCUGAUCAUGUCUGGCCUGCAGGCCAGGUCUUCCUACCUUUUGAAAAAUUGAUACAUAUGAUUUUAUGUAAUUAUACAGACAACACCUUCUAAUACCAGCCUAACUGGGAAAUAUGACAAAGAAACAUGGAGGCAUAACAGAUCCUGUCUCUACCCCAAACAAGGGCACUCCUUCCCCAACUACAGAGCAGUCAGUCUUUAAUAAAGGUGACAAAGAAUUCCAUGAUGGUGGCCAUAGCGGCCUUCCUAUUUGGCUCAUUGCAGUUGUCGCAGGUGGUGCUGUUAUUGUCACCCUGUCCAUUACUGCAACUUUAUGGAUUUGUUGGAAAAUGAAGCGAAGGUGUGAUUCCCCUUUUUUUUUAAUUUUCAUCAUUGUAGCCAAAAUGUUAGUUUUGUUAGUGUGAGAGGUGAUUGCUUAAUAAACCCUUCAACUCCCAAGAUCUGAUUGUUAAUUCUCUCCUCUUGCUGUUACACAAUUCCAUGUAAAUCAGUUAGGAGAGUUUGGUGUGAGAUUAAGAAAAAAACUUCUUCCUGAUAAGUUUGAGUAUUCUCAUUAACCAUUUGCUAGAAAAUGUAUGGAUAUUGUAGGGAGAAGUUACAUGUCAGUCACCUGUGGGAGUUGAAGGGCUAACAUUUGCAAAUUGUCUGUUCAGAGAUGCUGUAGGUUGGGUUAUAAUGAUAUGUUCUUGAGUAUGACAUCAAACUGAGGCACCAGGAAAUUGUCAGUAAAGCCUGGUCUAUGAAAUGCCAAGGGGUAAUCUUGUGAUGGAUAAUAAUAUAUGGAUGGGAUAAGCCCCAGUUGGGAGGGUGGCAAUAGGCUCCACUACAGACUUUACCAUUUCUUUACCUUGUGCAUGACACUUUAGAGAUGACCUCAAAUUGUGGUGAGGACAAAACAUUUGGCUCACUGGUUCGUAUGCCAGUGUCCAAGUGAGGGGAUUUUAUUAACAAAUUCAUGUACCAAAGAUACUUAUAAUUGUAGUUUAAACACCAAUGAGAUAAAUGCCAUAGAUACUAACCAUUAUUUAAUUGCCUCAUUUAAUAACAAAUAACUGUUCAUCUCCUCAGGAGUCGAAGGAAACGAAAAAAGCGCACAGCGAGGCUUCAUGUUGGUAAGAAAUAUUACUUUCUCUUGAAUGUCUAUUUUGUUCAUCUCCUAGAAACAUGCCUGAUGUAAUCUUUUCUAACUUAUUUUUUUGAUUGUAUUAGGCAAUGCUCUCUUUAAACAAGAGGCCGAGACAAUAAUUCCCUUUCCUCCAUCUGACAGCAAACCAGCUGUUGAUGAAGCAGGUUAUGCAAAAGUAGGAAGUCCAAUACGCAAGGGAUACGCCUUCCUGAAACCUGCACCUGAGAGAUGUCGCUCAGAGUAUCAAAAGCUGAUUAAGCCUAACGAAGGUACGUUAUGUGUUGUACACUCAAACCUCUGAAGAGAUUAGCGCAACUCAAUUAAGAGAUAUAAUGAAUAGGCCAUUUUAAAGUUGUGUACUUAAUUGCCAAGCCUUUGACUUGGAAUGAGGCUGAAGGUGACCUUGUUGUGAUAGAGACCAGUAUCUAGUUAGCAUGAUAACAAAGUAAUUUGCAUUUGAAAAACAGCAAGGUUUGUAUCAUAACAAGGUCACCCUUAGCCUCAUUCCUGUUCAAAGGCUUGGCAACCAAGCAUACAACUGAAAAAUGGACUAUUGUAUUAUUUAUGCACCUUGGUUUUUCAGUCCAUGAUGUAGCUUCUUUUUCUGCUUUGUUCUUAAACUGCAAACCCAAGUGGAAAAUAUUUGGUCUGUAUCUUAAAUUAUGGACUGCAAGCUCAGUUAGUAAGAGGUAUAACUUAAGUUUUAUUCAUUGGUGACUCUUCUCACCCAUCUUAAUUUCAGAUCAUUCUGGUUACUUACUUCCACUGGAAGAAACAGGAUCUGCAGACUGUCGAUCAGAUGGAGCUGUUUAUAGUGAACCCCAAAGUGUAAAACCACCUCAGAAUAAACCAAAAGAUAAAACCUAUGAUUAUGCUAAACCAGAAGGAAUCAUUGUUUUAACAGCCAGUCGCACAAGUUUAGACAAUCUUGACUCCCUUAGACAUGCUGGUUCUGAGCACGACGAAGCAGAUUAUGUGCAAACAAGAGAAGCCGAUGGUCCUUCAUCACCAAUAUAUACAACCGUCCACGGACCUAAUUCACCCAGAUCACCAGGGGCCUCUUCAGAGGAGCCCUUUCAAGACCAUAAGGGUGAUGAUUCGUUGCAAGAGAAUGAUUACAUCGAAGUUCUCCCAGAUUCAGUGAUUGGAACAUAAAUAUAAACUUUUUUUUUUACAUUUGCCAAAUGAAAAUUCUGUGGAGGCAAACUGACAGGAGGGUCUCCAAGAGAGAGCACCUCCAAAGGAAACUAAGCUGCAUCAGCCCCUUGCAAACCUAACUGUCCUCACAAAUGAUUACAUUCUCAUUUCUGACUAUCAAGGACAGUCAAGCAGGUUGAUCUUUUGUAAACUUACGACAAAUUAACAGAGCGGGGUUAAGUCAGUCUUGGUGAAAUAAAAUAUAGCACUUGUUUAUCUAAGAGGGUAAGCCGGGAAUAUGCUUGGGUUGUGGGGAAUUAUAGACUCAACAUUGAUGAUGCAGAAUGGAAGAAGAGAAGCCAGGUGAACAUUGGAAAUGUAUUAUUAACCUUUAAACUCCCAUGAUCUGAUUGUCAAUUCUCCUCUCUAGCUGCUGCACAUUUCCUUGUAACUUAGCAAUAUGAAUUUGGUGUUAAAUCAAGAUGACAAUUUUCACCUGAUAAGUUUGAGUAUUCUUAUUACCAGUGUACUGGAUUAUGUAUGGAUGUAAUAGGGAGAAGUUACAUGUUCAUCACUUCUAGGAGUUAAAGGGGUUAAUUACAGCUUGGAGUUUCAAUUGUGUCAUCUUAUCAUAUGUGGAAUACAAAAAGAAUAAUUACUAUAAUAAGAGAUAAUUAUUAUAAAUAAUAUUGUAAAUUGUGUAAUAUAUUGAGUGGUAGGAUAUUUUUGGUUCAAUUUAGCAUGUUCAAAUUCCAAAUUUAAUUUAGAUUCAUAAUUCUCUUGAAGAUUAUCUUUACUUUGUUCACUUAAAAAGUUUAUCAAUAUUGUUAGUAUUAAUAAUUUUAACUCAUUGUUUAAGCCUUUCUUAAUUAUUUACAAGCUAUAAUGGCACUGUAAGAGUGUAUUAAAUAAAAUUUCCCCAAAAAUUGCUGAUUAAACACAGCAUGUCAGG